GGCUCUUUGCAGACUGACCGGAUUUUAGCGGCACUCACCGGAGGAAACGACUGAACCCACUCUCUGACUCAACUAAGUUUUUCUACUCUUCACCACUACAUUACUGAUCGGAGCUCCUCACCGCUGACAUCCACAGGAAUAUCUCUCUUGUGUUGAAGAGAUAAGAGCUCAGUUGAGAGAAAGCGCUGAUUCACAUUCUGCAGAUUAGUAUUUUUUUUUUUGUGCAAGUUAACAUCGCCAUGUCUUGCGGUGAUGUGUCGGAUCAGAGUCGGCGGUUCUGUGUGUUGUCUUGGGAUCAGGUGCAGCGCUUAGACUCGAUCCUGGGGGAGGCUGUCCCCAUCCACGGCCGAGGAAACUUCCCGACUCUGUCCGUGCAACCACGGCAAAUUGUUCAGGUGGUGCGGGCGAGGCUGGAGGAGAGGGGUGUGUGCGUUAAGGACGUGAGGCUGAACGGCUCGGCUGCCAGCUAUGUGCUCCAUCAGGAUACUGGGUUGGGCUAUAAGGACCUUGACCUGAUCUUUGGCGUAUCUCUGAAAGAUGAUCAGGCUUUCCGUCUGGUGAAGGACGUUGUGCUGGACUGCCUGUUUGACUUCUUGCCAGCCGGGGUCUCUAGGGAGCGCAUCACGGCACUGACUCUCAAAGAGGCCUAUGUACAGAAACUGGUGAAAGUCUGUAAUGACACGGACCGCUGGAGCCUCAUCUCGCUGUCCAACAACACAGGAAAGAAUGUGGAGUUAAAAUUUGUGGACUCUUUACGGCGGCAGUUCGAAUUCAGCGUGGACUCCUUCCAGAUUUGCCUCGAUUCUUUGCUCUUAUUUGACCGCUGCUCCGAGACGCCCAUGUCUGAGAGCUUUCACCCCACUGUGAUCGGAGAGAGUGUGUAUGGGGACUUCAAGGAGGCCAUGGAGCACCUGUGCCAGAGGACCAUAGCUACACGCAGCCCGGAAGAAAUCAGAGGGGGCGGCUUAUUGAAGUACUGCCACCUGCUGGUGCGAGGGUUCACACCCUCCUCUGAAGCGGACAUGAAGCACAUGCAGCGCUACAUGUGCUCGCGUUUCUUCAUUGACUUCUCUGACAUAAGAGAACAGCAGAGGAAACUGGAAGCCUACCUGCAAAACCACUUUGCUGGCAUGGAGCACAAACGGUACGAGUGCCUGAUGACUCUUCACGAAGUAGUGAACGAGAGCACCGUGUGUCUGAUGGGCCACGAGCGGCGCCAGACGCUCAGCCUCAUCUCCAUGCUGGCGCUGAAGGUGCUGGCUGAGCAGAACGCCAUCCCCACUGUAACUAAUGUCACGUGUUACUACCAGCCAGCUCCGUACGUGCAGGACAUCAACUUCAGUAAUUACUAUAUUGCACAUGUGCAGCCGCCGCAGGUUUCACCGUGCAGUAAUUCAUAUCGGACGUGGCUGCCCUGUAGCUGAACUGGCUGUGGGAAGAGCAGAAGUGUCUCAACCGCUCUUUAUCUUUUCAAAGGAAGGGGACUGGGAAAAAAAAGAAAAAAGAAACCUAUUUUUGCCAAAUGUGACUUGACUAAAACAAUCCUGUGCUGCUGUACAUCUGAUUGAGCCAACGCAUACAUUUUUCUCACUUGUAUUGUCUUGCAAAACAUCUGUAAGAUUGCUGGUCAUUUCUGAGAUGUAGUAGUAUUAAAAUCUUUAUUAAGCUUUUAUAUAUGUCAAAAAUACAUUUUUAUGGAAACACACAUUGAAGCUGGUGUUAUUUUCAUACUCUGGCUUUAUUUUCUUUUUUAAUUACAUACUGGACCAAAGAUGUAUUUGUUGUUCAGAAAGGGAAUGUUGUUAUGAUUCCAAGUGCCUAAAAUGAACCAUGAAAAACAUCUGUAAAAUGAGAACUGUGCAUUCAGUGUUUUCUAGAUUACUCUGUCUCUCUUUUCAGGAACAGAAGCAUUCAUUUUUGUGAGAUUAAAAAAAGGAAAAACUA